AUGGUGUCUCACUCUCCCCAUCCCAUAACGAUAUUAUUAAUUUUUGAUGGUUUUUUUUUCUUACACCUUCUCUCUCACUUUUUCUCAAUCGUUUUCUCUUCUUCUCUCACUUUUUCUCAAUCGUUUUCUCUUCUUCUCUUACUUUUUCUCAAUUGUUUUCUCUUCCUCUCUCACUUUUUCUCCAUUGUUUUCUCUUCCUCUCUCACUUUUCUCACUUGUUUUCUCUUCCUCUCUUACUUUCCCUCAAUUGUUUUCUCUCCCUCUCUCACUUUUUCUCAAUUGUUUUUCUCUUCCUCUCUCCUUUUCUCACAUGUUUUCUUCCUCUCUCACUUUCCCUCAAUUGUUUUCUCUCCCUCUCUCACUUUUUUUCUCAAUUGUUUUCUCACUUUUCUCACUUGUUUUCUCUUCCUCUCUUACUUUCCUCAAUUGUUUUCUCUCUCUCUCUUUUUCUCACUUGUUUUCUCUUCCUCUCUUACUUUCCCUCAAAUGUUUUCUCUCCUCCUCUUCACUUUUUCUCAAUUGUUUUCUCUUCCUCUCUCACUUUUCUCCUUGUUUUCUCUUCCUCUCUUACUUUCCCUCAAUUGUUUUCUCUCCCUCUCUCAACUUGUUUUCUCUUCCUCUCUUACUUUCCCUCAAUUGUUUUCUCUCCCUUUUUCUUUUCUCAAUUGUUUUCUCUUCCUCUCUCACUUUUCUCACUUGUUUUCUCUUCCUCUCUCACUUUCCCUCAAUUGUUUUCUCUCCCUCUCUCACUUUUUCUCAAUUGUUUUCUCUUCCUCUCUCACUUUUCUCACAUGUUUUCUCUUCCUCUCUUACUUUCCCUCAAUUGUUUUCUCCCUCUCUUUUUCUCAAUUGUUUUCUCUUCCUCUCAAUUUUUUUGUUUUCUUCCUCUCUUUCCCUCAAUUGUUUUCUCUCUCUCUCACUUUUCUCACUUGUUUUCUCUUCCUCUCUUACUUUCCUCAAAAUGUUUUCUCCCUCUCACUUUUUCUCAAUUGUUUUCUCUUCCUCUCUCACUUUUCUCACUUGUUUUCUCUUCCUCUCUUACUUUCCCUCAAUUGUUUUCUCUCCUCUCUCUCUUUUCUCCUUGUUUUCUCUUCUCUCUUACUUUCCCUCAAUUGUUUUCUCUCCCUCUCUCACUUUUUCUCAAUUGUUUUCUCUUCCUCUCUCACUUUUCUCACAUGUUUUCUCUUCCUCUCUCACUUUCCCUCAAUUGUUUUCUCUCCCUCUCUCACUUUUUCUCAAUUGUUUUCUUCCUCUCUCACUUUUUUAUCACUUGUUUUCUCACUUCUUUUUCCCUCAAUUGUUUUCUCUCCUCUCUCCUUUUUUCUCAAUUGUUUUCUUCCUCUCUCCUCUUUUCUUUUCUCCUUGUUUUCUCUUCCUCUCUUAUUUCCCUCAAUUGUUUUCUCUCUCUCUCACUUUUCUCACUUGUUUUCUCUUCCUCUCUUACUUUCCCUCAAUUGUUUUCUCCCUCUCUCACUUUUUCUCAAUUGUUUUCUCUUCCUCUCUCCUUUUCUCACAUGUUUUCUCUUCCUCUCUCACUUUCCCUCAAUUGUUUUCUCUCCUCUCUCUUUUUUUUCUCAAUUGUUUCUCUUCCUCUCUCCUUUUCUCACUUGUUUUCUCUUCCUCUCUUACUUUCCCUCAAAUGUUUUCUCUCCUCUCUCACUUUUUUUUCUCAAUUGUUUUCUCUCCCUCUCUCUUUUUCUCAAUUGUUUUCUUCCUCUCUCACUUUUCUCCUUGUUUUCUCUUCCUCUCUUACUUUCCCUCAAUUGUUUUCUCUCCCUCUCUCACUUUUCUCACUUGUUUUCUCUUCCUCUCUUACUUUCCCUCAAUUGUUUUCUCUCCCUCUCUCACUUUUUCUCAAUUGUUUUCUCUUCCUCUCUCACUUUUCUCACUUGUUUUCUCUUCCUCUCUUACUUUCCCUCAAUUGUUUUCUCUCUCUCUCUCACUUUUCUCACUUGUUUUCUCUUCCUCUCUUACUUUCCCUCAAAUGUUUUCUCUCCCUCUCUCACUUUUUCUCAAUUGUUUUUUUUCUCUCACUUUUCUCACUUGUUUUCUUCCUCUCUUACUUUCCCUCAAUUGUUUUCUCUCCCUCUCUCUUUUUCUCACUUGUUUUCUCUUCCUCUCUUACUUUCCCUCAAUUGUUUUCUCCCUCUCUCACUUUUUUUCAAUUGUUUUCUCCUCUCUCACUUUUCUCACUUGUUUUCUCUUCCUCUCUUACUUUCCCUCAAUUGUUUUCUCUUCCUCUCUCACUUUUCUCACUUGUUUUCUCUUCCUCUCUUACUUUCCCUCAAUUGUUUUCUCUCCCUCUCUCACUUUUUCUCAAUUGUUUUCUCUUCCUCUCUCACUUUUUCUCACUUGUUUUCUCUUCCUCUCUCACUUUCCCUCAAUAGUUUUCUCUCCCUCUCUCACCUUUUCUCCGUAGUUUUCUCUUCCUCUCUUCUUUUUCUCAAUUGUUUUCUCUUUCUCUUCCUUGUUUCCUUUUCUUUCUUUUUGUCUACCAUCCUUUCUCUUUUUAACACGCUUUCUUUCUCUUUGUUUUUUCUCUAUAUCUUUUUCAUUUUUCUUUCUCUCUCUUUUUCUAUAACGAUUUCAUUUUUUCUAACACUCUUUCCUUAUCUAUCUUUCUUUUUUAUUUUUUACUCUUUCUCCCUUAUAUUUAUCCCUAUUUUUUCUUUUUUUCUUUUCUCGUUCGCUCCCUAUUUCUCUGUUAUUUUAUUUAUAUCCUUCUCUGCUUUUUCUCUUUCCGUUCUCUUAUUCACUUUCUCUUUCGCUUACUUUUUCUGUAUAUCUUUCUCUUUUUCUCUUUCGUCGUCUCCUUUUUUUUCUAUAUCGGCUUCUUUCUUUAUAUUCUACCUCUCUUUCUCUCCAUCUUCCUUUCUCCUUUCUUUUUCUUUUUUCUCCUUCCUAUUUCUCUGCAUUUCUCUUUCCUUUUCCUUUCUCCUUCAAUCUCUCUUUCUCUAUCUUUUGCAUCCUCUUUCUCUCUUUGUUUCUUUUUCUCCGUCUGUUUCCCUAUCAACUUUCCUUUCUCCAUCUAUCUACUUUUCUACCGGUAUAUUUCGUCUGUCCCCACCCUCCGAUGAAUAA